ACCCUGACCAAUGCCUUUCCAUGCUCGAGACUCACUCGCGAAUUUCCUGUUUUCGCAUCCAAACAGCACGCAGCCGGCCGGGAACAGGGAAACUUCAACGUGUCCAUGGCACUGCAUAUGUAACUGGGUGCGGUGCUUCAUCGCUCGAAACCAUCUCUAGACCACUCUUGCCGCACGCGACUGACUCUAUCACGGAGAGUCAACAAGAACUGCGCUUGAGAUUUGGAAGUCUCGUGCUGCUGCUGUCGCUUUCACUCUGUCUCCACUGUCAACAGGCUGCCCCUUUCAUUGCCGCGACGGAUUGCAGCAUCCCCACCAAACUCAGACGUUCGAGGGGAUCACUCCUCUUAUCCAAGAUGAUGCGGCCAGAAGGCAACCCGCUGGCGCCCGGCGCCGGCAUGGUGGGCAGCGGCGCACCUCGUCCCGCAGCCGAUGAGCUGGGCGGCCCCUCGCCCGCCGAGCAAUUUUUGGCAGUCAUCUCGCUCUACCAGCGCCAGUUUCAGGCGUUCCUCGACCAGACCACGCCGUUCGCUGGGCGGCGCUGGGCAUUCACGGGCGGCGCGCUGUUCAUAUUCAUGCUGCGGAUCGUCCUGGCGCAAGGGUGGUACAUCGUCUGCUACGCGCUUUUCAUCUACCUCCUCAACCUGUUCCUCGCUUUCCUCACACCCAAAUUUGACCCGAGCUUGGAGGACGACCUUGCAGCGCAAGACGUCGAAGAGGGCGAGCCGGGCCUUCCAACCAGUGCAAGCAGCGGAGUGUUCAAGUUUGGGUCUAGGAGUAAUGGCAGCGGUGGUCUGAUGAGCGGCAUAUUUGGUGGACCACAGCCGGAGGACGAAUUCAGGCCUUUCAUCCGCCGCUUACCUGAAUUCAAGUUCUGGCUCUCAGCGUCACAAGCAAUCCUCAUCUCUCUCUUCUGCACAUUCAGCAGCAUCUUCGACCUGCCAGUGUACUGGCCCAUCCUCGUCGUCUACUUUUUGCUCUUGUUCGUCCUCACUAUGCGACGGCAGAUCCAGCAUAUGAUCAAAUACAGAUACGUACCCUUUGACCUGGGCCGAAAAGCGACGUACGGCAGGAAGUAAAGAAAAAAUCUGCCAGCGGAUGGCUGCCUGUGAGCAUUAUGAGCUCAGGAUGGACCGACGUCAGCAGCAGGACAAUGCGGCAUAGAAGGCGGAACAAGCUGCAACUCAGCAAAUGGGGCUAGGUUGGACACAUUGGUGAUAUUGGAAGCAUUGGACAAGAGCAAAGCGGGAAUGUACAAUAUUGGAUGGGUCUCCAGCCAGGUCUCAGCAUACCGCAACAUCUCGCAGAGUGCACGCGACGAUGGAAACCCUCCUGUUUCACAUUCGUUCGCUCGCCGACCUGAACGUUCCAGGCUCAUUCGCUACUGCCACGACUCUCCAUCUUCGCCAGACAUGUGCAAUCGACGUGGUUUCACAUAGAAGCAACACAUUUGCGGCGGUGCCCUGAGAGCCUCCGUACGCGUAUAUGUUCUUUCUGCAAUGCAGCCAUUUCAGUAUAAUUGUAUAGAUCUAUUUUGUCA